AUGCAACUUUAUGUUUCGACCGCUCGUUUCCUCACGUGGGUUUCAUUCCUUGUACUAUUAACGACGGUGGCUUCGAAACCUCUCCUCUUCUGCCAACGUCAACACCAGCAAGUUGCAAACCCUAGACGCCACGUGGAUUUCCUCCGAGCAAUGUCUUCCGUCAACGACCACAUAACCAAACACAAGCUCUACGUCGAGUCUUCCUUCACCGACGUAUCUCCACCGAUCUACGUGUUCCUACAAUGCCGCCAAGACCUCUCCGUCUCCCACUGUCGCCGUUGUUUCAACGAUAGCAAACUAAAGCUCGAGGAGACAUGUUCGAGCUCCAACUCCGGUCGAGUCCACGGUGACAACUGCUUCUUACGUUUCGAUAACAGAGACUUCUCGGAGGAGUUCGUCGAUCCAAGAUUCGACCGAACCAAGUGCAAGAGAACAGGACCAGUUGUUGAUAAAUUCUGGAUAGAUCUUGAUGAGGCUUUUGUGAAUGCGACACUUAGAGCUGUUAAAAAAGGAGGCUUUGGCGCAGCUUCGGUGAGUCCAGCUGGUGGGAGCCCCGGGGUUUACGCUUUGGCUCAGUGUUGGCAAAGACUUGAUGGUAACUCGUGUAGAGAUUGUUUGGUUAAUGCUAGGUCGAGCUUGAGAGCUUGUGAAAGUAGUGAAGCUAGAGCUUUCUUUACAGGAUGCUACUUGAAGUAUUCUACACGCAAGUUUUUUGACGAUGCUGCUGUACUUAAACUUGACGAUGAUGAGGGAAGCUUUAGAAAUUCAUCGUACUUACCAGAUUUGAGUGAUCAAGAUGUUAUGAAACUAGCAGUUGCUGCGUUUUCGUUGUCGAUUCUUACUUCUCUUGGUGCCUUCAUCAGUUACAAACGGUUUUCAAGGGAGAGAAAAGCUCAAAUACCAUCGUGUUCUAACUUCAAAUAUGAGGUGCUUGAGAAGGCGACGGAGUCUUUCCACGACUCGGUGAAACUAGGACAAGGAGGAGCAGGUUCUGUAUACAAAGGGAUUCUUCCUGAUGGCAGAGUCGUUGCGGUUAAGAAGCUAUUCUUCAACACUCGUGAAUGGGCGGAUCAGUUCUUCAACGAAGUGAAUCUGAUCAGUGGAGUUCAACACAAGAAUCUUGUGAGACUACUUGGUUGCAGCAUAGAAGGUCCAAAGAGUCUUCUUGUCUAUGAAUAUGUUCAAAAUAGAAGCCUCGACCAAAUCCUCUUCAUGAAGAACACAGUCCACAUAUUGAGCUGGAAGCAACGGUUUAACAUCAUUAUAGGAAUAUCAGAAGGUUUAGAAUACCUACACAGAGGAUCUGAAGUGAAAAUCAUCCAUAGAGACAUCAAAACCAGCAACAUUCUCCUUGAUCAAAACCUGAGUCCCAAGAUAGCUGACUUUGGACUCGCACGUUCAUUAGGCACUGACAAAACGCAAACCAAUACUGGUAUCGCUGGAACACUGGGUUAUUUGGCUCCUGAGUAUCUCAUCAAAGGCCAACUAACUGAGAAAGCUGACGUCUACGCAUAUGGAGUUCUUAUUAUUGAGAUAGCAACUGGCAAGAAAAACAAUGCAUUCUCGCAAGGAACUAGCUCAGCUUUACACUCUGUAUGGGAACAUUUCAAAGCAGACACUCUAAAAAGCUCGGUAGAUCCACGGUUAAAAGGGAUGUUCACAGAGGAAGAGGCCUUGAAGGUUCUUGAAAUCGGAUUGCUGUGUGUUCAGUCUUCAGUAGAAUUGAGGCCGUCGAUGUCUGAGAUAGUCUACAUGUUAAAGAACAAUGAUUGUAAGUUUGACUCUCCAAGACAGCCUCCAUUCUUGAGUGCCAGUGUUCUCAUGGCUGAUGAGGAGACUAGAGACUAG